AGCGACGGCGUCCCUAAGCAGCCCUCCAUCGGACCCGGCGGCCGCUGGCCUAUUUUCCCAUUUUAGGCCGCGGCGGGCGAGGGCGAGGCCUGGUUGGGCCCUUGUUACGCAGCCGGGCCUGUGUAUGACGCCACUGGCCCGCGACCCCCUCUCCGCCCGGCGCCGGGCCUGAGCCGCAGCGGGGAGACGCCCCUCCCUGCCCAAGGAGAUGGGCGGCCGGCGCUGGGCCGCCCCUCAGAGGCCUUCGUCGUCGUCGUCGUCGUCGCCUUCCUCCACAGCCCGCCGCCCUUGACUCCGCACCUUCUUCGCCCCGCCACCCUCCGCCCGCCCGCCCGGAUGGAGCCCCCGCCGGUCACUCUGGUCAUCAAGGCGCCCAACCAGAAGUACUCCGACCAGGCCGUCAGCUGCUUCCUGGACUGGACCGUGGGCAGGCUCAAGAGCCACCUCUCCCAGGUGUACCCCAGCAAGCCGUCUACAAAGGAUCAGAGACUGGUGUAUUCUGGCAGAUUGCUUCCUGAUCAUCUGCAGCUGAAAGAUAUUCUCAGAAAACAAGAUGAAUAUCAUAUGGUUCAUCUAGUAUGUUCUUCACGGAGUCCUCCAAGUUCUCCAAAGGCUGACACCAUUAGAGAAAACCAUGAAUCUCCAGCAUCCAGCAACAUUUCAAGUACAGAACAUUCAGGAUCAACAACGCCUUCCCCAUCUCAGGAAACAUUACACACAGAUGUCAGCAGUAGCUCGAGUGGGGUGAGACAUCGAAGUCUUCCCCAAGCACAAAGCAAUCCAUUGCAAAGCCACCCAUUCUCAUAUAUAAUGCAAGGCGACCAGUUUCCUGGGCAAGGGGUACCAGCUGGAUUUCCAGUGUACCCUGCUUUCAGCCCUCUGCAGAUGAUAUGGUGGCAACAGAUGUAUGCACGGCAGUAUUACAUGCAAUAUCAAGCUGCAGUUUCAGCCCAAGCAACAUCCAGCACAGAAUCUCCUCCUCCUCCAGCGCAGCAACCCACAGAUUCCCAGCAUGCUCCUGCCAACGAGCCCCCAGCAGCACCAAAUGUAGCCCCACCGGAGAAUAGGCCUGUGAAUCAGAAUGUCCAGAUGAAUGCUCAGGGAGGCCCAGUAAUGAAUGAGGAGGAAUUCAAUCGGGACUGGCUAGACUGGAUGUACACGUUCUCCAGAGCGGCCAUUCUUCUGAGCAUUGUGUACUUCUAUUCCUCCUUCAGCCGAUUUAUUAUGGUGAUGGGAGCUAUGCUACUAGUAUACCUGCACCAAGCUGGAUGGUUCCCAUUCAGACCAGAAGCAAUACAGCAGCCUGCAGCAAACAAUAUGGACAUGAACCACGAUGGACAAAAUGUAAAUAAUGCUGGACUUGAAGAAAUGGAGCGUCUUAUGGAUGAUGGGAUUGAUGAAGAUAGCGGCGAAGAUGUGAUAGAUGUCAAUGCAGAUCAGCAUCCGGGGUUUAUGGCUUCUGCCUGGUCCUUCAUCACCACCUUCUUCACGUCUCUCAUCCCUGAAGGGCCUCCACAAGUGGGCAACUAAGUAAAAGAGGAACCGUCAGUAGAGACAUAGUUGAUCAACUAUGCUUUCAUGUGGAAUUGGACUCUUGCGGAGUGUUUUAAAUGCAGUGCAAUUUCAAAAGAUUUAUAAUGCAGACUUUCUGAUCAUGGUGUACAAAAAAUGUGUAUUUUUUCCCUUUUGGCUUUCUCAUGGUUAUGAAUAUUUUAAGCAAAAGUGGACUACGAAAUGCUUUUUAAAAUUCUUCUUUAAAGAAGAAGAAAAAUGUAAAAAUAUUGUUCUUCCAUGUUUAUUUGUUUAAUUGUGUUAACACUGAGAUGAGAUACUUACAGUUGGUGUAUAACAUCAUCCCUUUAAAUAGUUGUUAAAUAUACAGGUGGCAACAGUAAUAUUUCAGAAAUAAUAUCCUCCACAGUAAAAUUGAUUCUGUGUAGGAA